AUGUCCUACAAUUUCAAUGAUGAUUCCAAAUGGUUCACAUCACCUGAGGAUUUAGAAAGAGACGGUGAUAUAUCGAUUGAUUUCGAUCGGAAUGUUCUAGAGGACCGUGACUACUGUAGUCAGGAGCAGCCUUGGGGUACUCCGUUGAAUUGUAAUGAUGAUGUGGAGAGCAGUCAGAGGAAUCAGAUCCCUCAUGACCAAGAUGAUAUGGACUGCGGUAACCAGGAUCUUGAUGUGUACGGGGACGACGACUUUGGACAGGAUUUUGGACAGAAGGAUAUUGGCACAGACUCCCAAGUGCUCAAUGACAAUACAUACCAAAAUGCUACGUCUCAUGUCCAUUUGGAAGUGCCACAAGACAAGGAUUACGCGCCCCAACAAAUUCAGACUGCUCAGAUCCCAGAAAGCACUGAGAUCUUGCACGACGACGGGGUCUUUUUUGACAGUUUCCAAGAUCCUAUCAUGGAUGAGAUCCAGCAACAGAUCCAACAAUAUGUGGGCAUCGACGAAAACGGAAAUAAGAAUGCUCAGCAGCUGGUCGAGCAGCAACAGUCCAAGUCUCAGAUCGACAUGAACCAACACCUGAUCCCAGUCAAUCACAGCCAGGGGCAUCAGAAACAGCAUCUGGAUGCUCAGGACCGUCCCAAUCAGGAUUACCAACCCAACAUCCAGGAGCAACAGCCAUCGACUUGGAGCCUACCCAUCCAGAAUCUUCCUCCCGGCCCCUACCGCCUCACCACCCAAGAGCGUCGACUCCUUCGCACCUCGCCCUACAGUACCAAAUCUACAGUACCCAAGAAAGGAUCUCAGAACAAUCGAUUCGUGGGACUUAUCCCUUCAGUCCUGCUACCAAAAACUCAGACCUCCAAAGAUGCUCCCUUGCCAAGAAGUAAGACGACGCCCAACCCGAAGUUUUUGCAAAUUCUCAUCUGGAGAAGUGAGAAGAACCAGAGACCAGCGGAAAGUCUCCCCCGCCCUGCGUUCUCCUAUCAAGUUCUGGCGAUGAUGGCCUGUAUGAACUCCCCGUCGAGAAGUGUCACACCUCAGGAGGUCUAUUCUUUCCUACUCCAUCACUUCCCCUACUAUCGGUUCGUUGUUGAUCAAGACUCGUGGAAGAGUUCAGUGAGAAAUGCUCUCUGUAGUGAGAAAUAUUUCUGGAAGAUUUCUGGGCCGGAAAAAGAGUUGAUGUACAAGAUUCGUAGUGAAGAAGCCGUGGGAUUCACAAAGGAAGAGUCGGCAUGGAUUGAGACGGAUCCGAGGGGCAAAGAAUUCUUCUCCAAAAUGGCACUUGGUCAUCUGGGUCUCCCCCGUCAACUCUUUUACACCAUUAUCGGAAUCGGAUGCCCCCAAUACGCGGGUCCAGAAAACUCCGCCCUCUUCUAUCAUCUCUGGUCCCUAGGCCUUGAUUUCAAUGAUCUCCACAACGAAAACCCCUUCCGAAUCCAUGUGUCACCAUUUGAGGGGGCGGAGCCAGUGUUCGAUGAAGGACACGAAUUUCUGAAAAUGGGGAGAAAAAGGAUGUUGGUGGAGAAGAGAUUCGGAUAUGGAUGUAAUUUGGAGGAUGGAGAAAAGAAGUGGUUGAUGGAGGAGAACUCGAAAUUCUUUGAAAAUCUCCAUUGGUAUUUUGAGCAGAUGGAGGAGAUGAAGAGACGGAAUAUGGAGAAUUGGACGACGCCUUCGUUGGUCAGAACGAAUUUUUUGGUUUAA